AUGUCUGUUCGUUUUGCCGAACCCGAGCUAAUCAAAGACGGUGAAGAAGAAGAAGAAAAUGACGAUGAAGAAAUUGUAACACGUUCGUUCUAUGACUUCGGUCUUGAUAAUCGUCUAUUGAAAUCAAUCGCUGAUCUACAAUGGCCAUCACCGACGCCAAUUCAAGCUGAAACAAUUCCAUACGCAUUAGCGGGUAAAGAUCUUCUUGUCAAAGCUCGUACUGGUAGUGGUAAAACCGGUGUCUAUGCACUCGCCGCCAUCCAACAUCUGCUAACAAAGCAACAAACGACAAAUCGUAAUGUUCGAGUGUUGAUUCUUUCACCAACGAAGGAACUAUGUCAUCAGAUUGCAUCUGUCUUGAUGAAACUAACGAGUUAUUGUCGUCGAGAGAUCAAUCUUUAUGAUUUGUCGAAUUCAUUAUCUACACAAAUUCAAAAACAAUCUCUUGUUUCGAAUAGUAAUGCUUUACCAGAAAUUAUCAUCUCAACACCAACGAAACUACUCGAACAUUUGAAAGAUCAUACGUCACCGUUGAAUUUGAAUACAUUGGAAUUGUUUAUCCUAGACGAAGCUGAUAUUCUCUACUCACUUGGUUAUGCGAAUGAUAUGAAAAAAAUAUCGAAAUAUCUUCCAUCAAAAUCGAAAUCCUAUCAAUGUUUUCUUAUAUCAGCCACACUUAACGAUGAUAUUGCACAACUAAAACAAUUGUUUCUUCAUAAUCCCGUGAAAAUCAACCAAAACGAUGAUUAUUCAACCAUUCUACCAGAUAAUAAACAAUUACUACAGUACUACAUUUAUUGUGAACAGGACCAAAAAUUCGUUUUAGUUGUGACAAUAUUCAAAUUACAGUUAUUAGUUGGACGAACCAUUCUCUUCGUGAAUUCUGUGGAACAAGCGUAUCGAUUGAAGUUAUUAAUGGAACAAUUUCAUAUAAAAACGUGUUUGUUAAAUAGUGAACUACCCAUGGACUCACGUUUGCAUAUUGUUCAACAAUAUAAUGAUGGGUUGUAUGACAUCAUGAUUGCAACAGAUGCACCGAAUGCUGUACCGGAGCAGGAAGGAGACGGUGAAGAACAAGAUGAAACUCAAGAAGAAGAAUCAUCGAAGAAGAAGAAGAAGAAGAAGACAGAUGAUCGAAAAGGUGAUAAAGAAUACGGUGUUUCGCGUGGUAUCGAUUUCUAUCGAGUAGCGAAUAUAGUCAAUUUCGAUUUUCCGACGGAUUUCGAUGCGUAUGUUCAUCGUGUAGGGCGAACUGCUCGUGUCGAUCAAAAAGUGUCUCAGAAAGAGAUGGAGCAUUUCGAACUUGUUCGUACGGAAUUAGAAGAUGAGUACGGUGAAGACAUGUUCCAUUUGUAUCGGUUCAAAUCGGAGCAAGUUGAUGGCUUUCGCUAUCGAGUUUUAGAUGCAUUACGAGCAAUAACUCGUAUAUCAAUUCGUGAAGCUCGCUUAAAAGAAAUCAAAGCAGAAAUCUUCAAUUCGAAAAAGUUAAAAACCUAUUUCAAUGACAAUAAAAAAGAAUUGCAAUUACUUCGACAUGACUCAGCAUUGCACAUCGUCAAAGUCAAAGAACAUCUCAAACACGUGCCUGAUUAUCUCAUUCCAAGUUCAUUGAAAAAAACAUCAUCGACCAACUCUGAACAACAACAACAGCAGCAAACAUCGAUGAGUACCAAGAGAAAAUCAGAGAUGAUUAAUAAUAAUGUCAAACGUAUGAAACGGAAUAAUCCGUUGACGAAUUCAUUAAAUGCUGUCACUGCUUUGAAAAAAGAAAUUGCACGAAAAAAAUAA